AUGGAACAUCUUAAGAUGCUGAGACUAUUAUCCUAUUUGCUUGGCUUAUUAAUUUUUCCAAGUGUACAAGGAGGAAUUGGAUUCCAUUCAAAGGAUGAGUCGUUGUGCGUUCUCCAAGAUGCACCUCAACAGUGUGGCUCCUUUUGCCUGGCCACACUCAACCCGCUAUUAGACGAUUCUGAUAAUAUCCGAAAAAGGUUGGAAGAAAUCGAGGCAGGACUCGAUUCGAGAUUCAAGCUGGCGGAAGAACAACAUAUGGCUGUGAAAUCCGAAAUAAAGAACCAACUUCAGGAACAAGUGAGCAAAAUCAUCACAAAAGAAGACUUCGCGAAUUCAAUUCAGGCUCUGCAGACCAAACUGGAUACGAGAUUGGACAGAACCGAGGAACAACUUAAGUCGAUGAAAACAACUGCUGAUGACAACGAUAAACUCAAAAGACGAGUAAAUACCCUACAAGACACCAUAAAAAACUUGAAGACGAUUGAGAAAACAAAAUCAGAACUAUCUAGUCAGCUUUCGGAAUACCGAAUAAAACUCAGGGAGAUGGAACCAUUUAAGGUGUCAUGUGCGUCGUUUCCUUUUGGUUGGACUGUAAUUCAGAGACGCAUUGACGGAUCCGAGAACUUCCAUCGAAACUGGAAUGAUUAUAAAUAUGGAUUUGGGAAUGUCAGGGGAGAAUUUUUCAUCGGGCUGGAAAAAUUGCAUCGGAUGACUGAGGCACGACCCCACGAACUCUACAUCAAACUUGGGAAGGUUAAUGGAUCCACCAGUUACGCUCACUAUGAUGACUUUAUGAUUGGGAGUGAGAAGGAAUUGUACGAGUUGAAGAAUCUAGGGAAAUAUUCUGGUGAAGCCGGAGACUCACUCACAUACAAUAAGAACCAAAAGUUCACCACAUUUGAUCGGGAUAAUGAUUUAGAUAAACGAAAUUGUGCCGCUGCUUAUGGUGCAUGGUGGUACGAUAAAUGUGGAUUUAGUUCGCUCAAUGGAAAAUACUCGAAAGAAGGCAAAGGUUACGGAAUUCAUUGGGGCUCAUGGCAUAACCACGACUGGCAGAUAUCACUAACGUUCACCGAAAUGAUGAUAAGGCCCAAGUCCUAA